AUGAAAAAUCUUGGAAAUCAACCUACAAUAACUGAAUUAAUUGAUGAUAUAGUCUCACAUAUUUCAAAGUUUUGCUGGAAAACUAAUAAAGGGAAAAUUUUGAAACUUUUUGUAUGUGAAGAGGAAGGUUAG